AUGGUGAUUGAAUAAGAACACAUAAAUGGAAGUGAUCGAACAAGCAAGAGAUUUUAUCAUUAUCAAUGACUAAACUGUUAUUCUUGUUUGGAUCAAGAACACAUAGAACACUAUCGUAUUAUGGACAUGGAAUUCGAGCUAAAUAUCCCUAUGGCGGAUCCCUAAAAGUUGGAUGCCUUUGCAGGAUUCAGGGUGUCAAAAAAUGGCUAUGGAAAUACAAUACAUCUCCUAUUGAGAUAUUAUGUUCAACAAAGAGGCUCUUGUUUUGAUCAAUCUCCUGAACACACCAUCCAACCCACUCUCAAUUUCUUGUGCCGCCAUUUCCAAACUCUCCAAUCUUCUCUGAGCAAUCUGCAACUUCUCAACCUCCAUUUCUGCAACAACAGAGCUCAAAGCCACAUCCACGUUCUCAAAUUCGUUCAUGGCACUGUUUGACUCGCAGGCAAUCGCCCCCUUGUGCACCCACUUGGUAACCAAAGACCAUCCUCGAGCUUUUGGCUUCGUCAAUGGUGUUAAGUACAACAACACGGAUUCGAAAAUGGAGCUGUUGGUUGAGCAAGCUUGUCUCAGCGCUUCAACCACAGAGCUCAGGAAAUGUAAGCAGCAGUGGUGGUUUUCAUGGCGGAAUCGCCUUUCCUCCGGCGAAAAGCAGAGUGAAGAGCCCCAACAUGCUGUUGGGUUUCUAAUGCUAUGUCCUUUGCUAAGCUGCAGACAUCCAAAAGCUUCAUAGAAUCAUCCAACAACUCGUCCACCAACUGUUUGUUUUCGGGACAAGACAAAACCUGCUGGGUGGAACCCAUUUUGAGAAGCUCAUCAAUGGAGUCAUACAAAUCCUGUAAUCCCAAAAGAGCACCACAAACAGAAGAAGAAGAAGAAGACACCCAUGUCUUCACCUUCCUCAACUCCUCCUCAACCUUCACAGCACAGGGAUGCAAUCUAGAAGGCAAGCUUAUGGACCUCGCUUGGUACUUGGCAGCCAUUAUCAACAACCUUCCUUUUCUUUUUUUUCUCAACAGAGCUAAAGUUGAAACACCCUUAGCUUACUACUUCUAAGUGGGUUUUGCAGGUGCAUAUAUUUAUAGAGAGAUAGAGAGAGCAGAAACAGAGGCAUCAUAUGGUGGGGGCAAUAUGCAGCCAUUGAUAGCAAUGAAUUUGGACCAAAUAAUUUGGGGAUUGAAGAUUAGAUUAAUGUGAAAAGGGUAUGAGGUGUCGUGUAAUUUUGUGCAGGGAAGGUGUUUAUUAAAAUGCGGAAGAGAAGAGUCAUAGACGAAGGAAAUUGUGGUGCCGCCACAUAACCCAUUACCGCCUACUCUCUAAAGCUGAGCUGCACACCUACCGAGGGCAUCACCAAGCUGUGCUGUCUCUUUUUGCGCACAUAAUUGGGAGCAAAGUUAGGUUCUUUUCUCUACUCCCAAAAUUUAAAAUCAUUUCUUUAUUAUUAUGUUCAAUUUUAAGUCUAUCCAUUAUGGAAUUUCUACAUAAUUGAUUCUUAAAUUUA